CACACGGAGUCAAAUCGAGCUGCGAGGAGGAAUCAUCUCAGUAUCUUCUCUCUCAUCAGCCAGAGAGGAGCUCCCGCACAGAGUCGCCACGCUCCCUCCCUCCAUGAGCGCGGCACAAGCUAGCGACUCGCCCACUCAGACACGCGCGUGACGCGAUCCCGUGAAGAAACACGCACACGCCGUGAAGAACACACACCACACAGCAGCAAGCGUUGCCAACGUCCGCAUCACCGUUCACUGCUGCCUCCACGCCUGCUGGUGCUACUUGCUUGUUGCUGGUGGUGGUGCCUAACAGAGCCCUUGCCCCCAACAUCCUGAGCGAGGCUACUCGUCUUGGAAGGAGUAGUAGUGGUGGUGGUGGUGGAAUCUUUGUGUUCGUGUGGCUGGGCCAACUCCACAAACAAAUCCGUGGCAGAGUCCGUGUGUGGCUGGAGUUGGCCAUGAUGGAUCUGGGACGCGGUGGCGCUUCGCUGGGGCUCUGCUCGCUCUGCCUGUGGUGUCUCCUCGCCUGCACCGCGCCUGCUCCUGGGUGCAAAGGGGACGGAAUCCCGCGCGACAACCUGCUGGUGAUCACCGUCGCCACCAAUCGGACAGAUGGGUUCGAGCGCUUCAUGCGGACGGCAAAGUACUUCAACUACUCCGUGCAGGUGCUGGGAAUGGGCGCUGCGUGGAAGGGCGGCGAUGUCGACCGCUCCAUCGGGGGUGGCCAGAAGGUGCGGUUGCUCAAGGAGGAGAUGGAGAAACACAAGGAGAGGGAUGACCUGGUCGUGUUGGUCGUGGACAGCUACGACCUGAUCUUCGCGAGCGGCCCCUCGGAGCUGCUGCGCAAGUUCCAGCAGACUGGCCACCGGCUCGUCUUCUCCGCCGAGGCGCUCGUGUGGCCCGACCGGCGCCUCGCUGACAAGUACCCGCACGUGCGCAGCGGGAAGCGCUUCCUCAACUCUGGGGGCGUCGUGGGCCUCGCCCCGGCCCUGCACCAGGUGGUGUCUCAGUGGGAGCUGCGAGAUGACGACGACGAUCAGCUCUUCUACACCAAGGUCUACAUCGACCCGGCCAAGCGGAGCAAAAUAAACAUCACCCUGGACCACAAGUGUCGCAUCUUUCAGAACCUCAACGGAGCUGUAGAUGAGAGACGCGUGUCUGGUGAAGACGAGGUGGUGCUCAAGUUUGAGACCGGGCGUGUGCGGGCGCGGAACACGGCCUACGACACCCUGCCCGUCGUGAUUCACGGCAACGGCCCGACCAAGAUGCAGCUGAACUACCUGGCCAACUACAUCCCCAACAGCUGGACGUUCGAGACGGGAUGCGGGGUCUGUGACGAUGGCGUCGUGGACUUCUCGGCCCUGACUGCCGAGGAGGAUUUCCCGCGCGUGAUCGUCGGCGUCUUCAUCGAGCAGCCGACGCCAUUCCUGGCCGAGUUCCUGGAGCGUCUCGCCGCCAUGGAUUACCCGGGGAAGCGCAUCACCCUCUUCAUCCACAACCGCGAGGUGGUGCACGAGCCGGCGCUGGCGGCGUUCUGGGCGCGCCACAGCGGCGUCUUCGCCGGGGCCAAGGUGAUCGGGCCCGAGGAGGGGCUCACUCCCGGGGAGGCGCGGAACCUCGGCAUGUCAUCAUGUCGGGACGACCCCACGUGCGACUUCUACUUCAGCCUGGAUGCGGACGUGGUGCUCACCAACCGGGCCACCCUCAGACUCCUCCUGCAGCAGAACCGGAAAAUCGUGUCCCCACUGUUGACCCGAGCCGGUAAACUGUGGUCCAACUUCUGGGGAGCCCUGAGUCCCGACGGCUUCUACGCGCGCUCCGAGGACUACGUGGACAUCGUGCAGCGGAAACGCACGGGCGUGUGGAACGUGCCCUACCUGGCGAGCGCUUACCUGGUGCAGGGCGCGCUGCUGCGCGGAGAGAUGAGGAAGCCGGAUGUGUUCGUGCGCGACAACACCGACCCGGACAUGGUCUUCUGCCGCCGCGCACGCGACCUGGGAGUCUUCAUGUACCUGACGAAUAACCACGAAUUCGGACGUCUCAUCUCAACGGAGAAUUACAACACCACCCACCUGCACAACGACCUGUGGCAGAUCUUUGAGAACCAAGUGGACUGGCAGGAGAAGUACAUUCAUCCCAACUGGACCAACAUCUUCACUGACGACUCCAUCAUGAAGCAGCCGUGCCCCGACGUCUUCUGGUUCCCGAUCUUCUCAGACGUCAUGUGCGACCACCUGGUGGAGGAGAUGGAGCACUACGGCCAGUGGUCCGGAGGGUCCAACAAGGACGAACGCAUCUCGGGCGGCUACGAAAACGUGCCCACCAUCGACAUCCACAUGACCCAGGUGAACUUCGAGCGGGAGUGGCUCAAGUUCCUGCGCGACUACAUCGCGCCCGUCACCACCAAGCUCUUCGCCGGCUACUACCCCAAGGCGUACGCGGUGAUGAACUUCAUCGUCCGCUACCGCCCGGACGAGCAGCCGUCGCUGAGGCCGCACCACGACUCGUCCACGUUCACCAUCAACGUGGCGCUCAACCACGCCGGCAUCGACUUCCAGGGUGGCGGAAGCCGCUUCAUUCGCUACAACUGCUCGGUGACGUCGCCCAUCAAGGGCUGGACGCUGCUGCAUCCGGGCCGCCUCACGCACUACCACGAGGGCCUGCCAACCACGGCCGGCACGCGCUACAUCGCCAUCUCCUUCAUCGACCCCUGAGGCCUCCCCCCCCACCCCACCCCCAACUCGGGCUGGCGUCUCUCGCGGGGUGACCAACGGUUGGGUACAGCCAAGCCCAGUCGUUCAAGGCCGUGCAGGGAAAUUCAUGGAACAUCGGCCACCCCCCCCCCCCCCCCCCCCACUAGCAGGGAUAAUUAGAUUUAGUACGAGGGUUGCAAUGCUUUUUUUUUGGAAUCCCACGGUCCCUUUGCAACGGCUUGCGUUGUUUAGUGUGGCGCGCUGUAAAUCUGGCGUUGUUUUAAAUCACACGCAAAAAUUAAAUAAAAACGCACCUAGGCCUCGAAUUGAGCGCAUUCACAAAAUGCGUUUUAAACAACACCGCCACCUCGCCCAAAAGCAUCUCGUCGUCUACAUUUUUAAAAAUAAAUUAUUAUUGACAAGAUGCCAAAUAAGCCACGUUCCUAUAAACCGUACAGCCACAACCGUGUUCAGUGUUAGUAGCGGCCUUACAUUUCAUAGGCUAGAGCUUGUUGAAGAGACCUGGGGUAUUGUGCGUCGGGAGCGUUUUCUUAUAAAUGUUUAAGUCGCGCGGCCUCAAAGCGCACCUAGCCUGGCACAAGCGCUGUGGUGACGCCAGUGGCAUUUUAGCUUAAGAGUAGCGUGGAUGUGUUUUCUCAACUUUGCAAUUCAGUUUGACCUCGUGCCGUUCAAGCUUUUGUUGACGAGCCUGGCGGACUUCAGUUGCGGCGUUAAGGUGCUAGUAGCGUUAAAAUGGGCAAAGCGUUUGGGCUGGCAUGGUAGGUCGGGGAAAGUGCGGUUUUGUUUGUGCUACGAGUUUCAGUAUUCGGCCGAUCACUGUGCCUCUCCGUUAGGUAGGGCAGGUAACGCCUCCGUUCGAAUCGUAAUUUCAAGGGGCACGUUCUGCAAAGCCUGCGCGUUAAAUCGCUAUCGUGCACGAUGCCCCGGUCGUGGCCGUUAAUAAAGAAACAAUUCCAUAUUGGAAAGAAAAAAAACGGUGACGUUUACGCAUCUCGAUUCGAAAUGAGCAGGGCAAUAUCUGCCGACCUAUUAGCGGAAAGCCAGCGAUCACGCCUCGACACGCACCGCUCCGGUUCAAGGGCAUGGCGCAAGCGGGCUCCCUCUCUCGCCAUUGACAAACCCUGGCCAAAGGUUGGAAGUUCCUCGUUCCUGUGCCAGGGACCGGUCUUCCCUCCCAUGGGGCGAGCGCUGUUCAUGUCCGUAAAGUUGUGCCCAUUUUAUUGACCCCCCACCUCCCCACAAGGAUGAUGAUCCGGAGUCAGUUCCCCCGACCAAAGUUUUUCCAUUGGGGGAUAAACACCGGGAACUCAACGUUUACCUCCACGUCUAAAUAUUUUAUAAAUGAAGAAUUUAGGGGACGCGCGUUUGUAAAAAAACACAGUCCAAAGAACCUUCAGCUCUGCUGCAGUCUCGGCUACGUGCCCCCCCUCCCCUUUCUUAAAUCGGACACGAGUUUGGAGCUCCGUGAAAAAAAGACUUAAAGCUCUCUGCGAUGCCUUUUCAGACGAUUCCCUCCACUAGCUGGAAGCUUGUUUGCAAUCCGAAUUCAGUUCCGACCUCUCCAGACCAAAUCGAACGCGAGCAGCUCAAUUGGGUUCCUGAAGCAAGCUCCCCAGCACUUUUAAACUUCUUUCGCACCGUACGUAGCCAACCACGCUAAUCAGAGGCGCGGCGGAAAGACCCACAAACUAGCACGCAAAAAGCCGUUCUAAAAGAAAUGAGUUUUCACUGUAGAUGAUUUAAAAGUGCAUCGCUCCCAAUCGCUUCCUAAUAUCGGAAGGAAGAGCGUUCCAGACGGCCACAGAAGCGCAUCUGCAAGCGCGCGACGCAUAACAUCGGACGUGGUGUUGAACAAGCAACAACGCGUGCAGUGCGACCCGAAGUCUCAUUGGGGCGCUCUGCAGCACAACCGCGAAUACCGAGACACGAGCUUGGUGAUGUGAUGUUAUGAACCCUGUAGCAGCGGCGGCGGCGACGUCACCGUGGUAUGAAUGGUACAGUGACAUCACGACGGGGGUUCGUCAUUGCAGCAGUCUCGUUCUACUUAAGGAAGUGGCCGUCAAGUUGUGAAUGUACAAGGCUUGUUUGUUGUUGGGUUAGAGUCUUUUAAACGGAGCGGUCGUGCGCGAGUUUUGAUUCGUGCUUAGUAAGUGCUGUACUCAAACGGUACGUGGCUUUUAUGCAUUGCUAUCAUCAAAAUGUAAAAAAAAACCGGAAAGGUUCAUUUUCUCUCUUUAAGAUUCAAUUCAAAUGUUUGUUUUGGCCUAUGCACUAUUUUGUAAAAAUAAAAAAUAAAUCUCCAGGCAAUUAAGAUUUCUGCCUGCCAGUGUGUUUGGAAUUUUAAAAUGAACUUUUUUUUGUUGUAAAGAAGGAUGUUAAUAAAAAUGCCCGAUCUUU